GCGAGUGCCAGCAGAGGCGCGCGGUCCUGCCUCCGCCCGCCCGCGCCGGGGGCUGGCCCUGCCUCGCCGGCGCCUUUUUCCCCCGCACCGCGGCGCCGCUUCGCCACUCGGGCACCGCAGGUAGGGCAGGAGGCUGGAGCGCCUGCUGCCCGCCGCCCGUAAAAUGGUCACCUCGGCUGGACAGCUCGCCCUCUUCGCGCUGGGUAUUUUCUUGGCCGUGUGCCAGGCCCUGGAGAACAGCACAUCCGCCCUGAGUGCAGACCCGCCCGUGGCUGCAGCUGUGGUGUCCCAUUUUAAUGACUGCCCAGCUUCCCACAGUCAGUUCUGCUUCCAUGGAACCUGCAGGUUUUUGGUGCAGGAGGAGAAGCCAGCGUGUGUCUGCCACUCUGGGUACGUCGGUGCACGCUGUGAACACGCAGACCUCCUGGCCGUGGUGGCUGCCAGCCAGAAGAAGCAGGCCAUCACCGCCUUGGUGGUGGUCUCCAUCGUGGCCCUGGCUGUCCUCAUCAUCACAUGUGUGCUGAUACACUGCUGUGAGGUCCGAAAACACUGUGAGUGGUGCCGGGCGCUCAUCUGCCGGCAUGAGAAGCCCAGCGCCCUCCUGAAGGGAAGGACUGCUUGCUGCCACUCAGAAACAGUGGUCUGAAGAGCCCAGAGGAGGAGUUCUGCCAGGUGGCCUGCAGCAGCCAGAGGGAAAAAGGACUUCUUGAGUUUGGCGCAGCAAAGGCUGCCAGGCCUGGGCCAGCAGGCCUUUCCUUCUCUGCCUGCCGUCACCUGUGCAGGCUUUUUGUCUUAUGUGGGCCUUCCUUCAAAAUUCUGUCCAGAACUCUGUCUGCUUGGGGUUAUCCGAUGUGACCUGGAGAAGAAAUCGGUGGACCACAGUUUAAAGACUGGUCAGAAAUGAAUGGCACGGGGUGGACCUCCUAUUUACCUAAUGACCUAUGUGCUUCGUCAUCUGCAUCCAGGUGUGUGUAGGUGUGUUCUGUCAGUUACAGAUACCAGACCCGUCUCCCCACAAUAGUCUCCAUCGUGCCCGACACUGGAGUUCCUAUAAUUGUUACAGUUUUUUUUUUUUUCUUAUCUGCUUAUUGGGGAAAAUGGUGAAAAAAAGCAUCACUGCUUUUUGCUACAUGAAGACGCCAGUGGAGGAGGAGCCUUACCGGUCCUCUGUCAUGAAACCCUCAACCAGCCCAGUGUCUUCCGUGGACACAUGACGUUGAGGACCUUCCUGAGCUGUCACCAUCCUCGGAGAUAAUUUCUUAUUUAUUAGAUGGAUGAUGAUUUUAUUUUAAUCUCUUAAGUCAGUGUAAAAUGCAUAAAAGCCUUUCAGACAUCUACAUCAAUGAUCCAUGUAUUGCUGGCCAAAAAACUAGACUGAUUAGAAAUGUCUGGUCUCUUCCGGACAGCUAAAACUUUGGGGGGCGGGGGGAAGCACCAGGAUGGGUGGAGAUGGAAGCAGAGGCGGAGUUACUGAUGGGAGCAAAGAUUGGGGUUCAGAGAUCGUACCAUUUAAUACACAAAACUGGUAAACGCCCUACGAUACAUUCCUGCUGAAAAGUUAGCAGAUCUUACAGUGGAGACCUGGCACCUUAUUGAGGAAGAGGAAGAGAGUCUGUGUGUAUAUCUACAAGGAGGAAACACAACAGUGACUACACUGCUCUUAUUAAACCUGUUAACCUUCUGGUGGGCCGUCUGAGAAUCUGCUUAGACGUAGAGCUUUAGCAGAGAGCAACAGGCAUUUGGGGUUGCACCCAUGAAAGGGGACCAGUCACUUAUUUUCCAUGUUGUUACUUGGUUGAUUUGUUGCUUUAUUUUGAAAAGGACAAAUUGAACUUUCCUAUUUAUUUUUAAGCAUUCGGAGAAAUAUUCCAGUGAUUUUAUUUUUCUUUUCCAUUCAGGAUGCUAGGUUUUUGGUUUUUGUUUUAAAACAAAAGCUCUUAAUAAGCUGCCUCCAUCACAUGGGUCUUGCUUUUCCCUCAAGAGAGAAAUUGUUCUCCUGGGUACUCUCCAAUCCAAUGGGCCUGCUUGUGAGAAACCCUGGUUCACUCCAGCUUCAGGUGGAGCUCAUCCCUAGGAACUGUUAUUAAAAUUUGCAAACAGGGAAACAAUGAAAUAAUUUGUAAACUCCUUAUGUGAGGGAACUCUUAUUCACUAAUAUUUGAAAAAUGGGAGAUCUCUACCUAUUAACCCUUCAGUGCCUCUAGCUCUUCACUUCGUGAAAGGGACUUUUAAAAUAUGUCAAGUGAGCUUGAAAUUCCUACCAGGUCAUUUUGUCCUUCUGGAAUUCUUCUGCCCAGUAUGUCUAUUUCAAUGCAUUUUCUCUGUGUUUCUUACAGUUGAGAAAAUUAUAUGACCUGUGUUGCAAUUCUGGCACUUGUAUUGAAUGACGCUGUGCCCAAAGCACCGAGAUUAGAAAUGGGAUCUGUUCACCAGCAGUGUGACUGACAUAGCUUCUGGGGUCUAGUCAUGAGAGAAUAUAUGCUUAAGUUUGCAUUCCUUAUACAGGUCCUACAGCAGCGGGUCUGUGGGCUGGGGCUUCACCCCCAGAGACCCAUGCAGUUGACACUGAUUUGUGGACCCCAGUUUGCCAUCCCUUUUUUCAUUGGACUCUCCUGAAAGUCUGAUUCCAGUAUAGAGAGACUAAUGGAAGUGGAGUGGCAUCAUUGGCUUUUAACUUGAAAUCACAUAUUUACUUUAGAACAAUCUUUCCUCAGUCUUUUAGAGACUGUUUGAGGUCUGGUUGCCUUUAAAGAGCAAGAACUGGUAUAGAGAAUUUCUUGUGGGGUUUUCUCCACCUGCUGGAUGGAAGGAUCAGUGUCCAGUCUAUAGGCAUGUAAGAGCCUUUGCGGAAGGGUGAGGAGGUGAGAACCAAGAACCUUCUUGAUCUCCUGUGGGGACUUCAUACUUAGUGUCUGUGAAUGCUCCAAUCACAGCUGCUGGUGCCCACCCCCCCCCUUCCAGUGCUGAUACAACCAUGCAGUGCAUAGGCUCAAAUGUGUGCCACCCUGGGAGAGUUGGAGGCAGAGGCUGGGAUCAGGGCGGACCUUUGUCCAUGUCCAGGUUGUGAGAACCUUGCUUCUUUAGUGAUUUCUCUCUUAGAAAUCAGAAUGGCCACUAAGCAUUGGAUUCCUAUGCCAUUUGUGGCAUUGGUACUUCUUUGGUUAGAUAUAAAAAUGCCCCCUUUUCAGGUAAAAAAUCAUCUUCUAAUCCAACUCUGUAGGUUCCCUGUGUUUCCUUGCUUUUUACAAAGCCAAGUUCAUUAUGAUUAGGGACUGGUUCCCAAGAUCUGACCUGGUGAGCAGCUGCACACGGGGGGAUGGGAAACACAGCUGUUUCCAAUAUCUGUCUCAGGAGAAAUGCAAAACCCCCAUUUAAAAGGGGCAGGGGAAGGGAGAGACUGCUUCCAAAUCUUCAGUGGAGCCUGAAUUUUCCCAUUGCUGUACAGGCUGUAACCUCUUUAACCAUGCCGGCAGGAAAUGUCUUCUUCUAGAUGGAAGGAUAUACAGCAGCCAAUCCUGAUCUGGAAGACACAUCUGAACACAUGUGGUAAAUAAGCAAGACUUGAGCUUGCCAUUGUGUGCCAGCAGAGAAGAGGGGCAGAAUGUCCCCGGAGUCUAUUUUCCCAUGAGAGGAGACGGUAGAAUUGACAUUACCCCCACCCACAUUGGUGAGGGAGGAGGUGCACCUCCAGAGCUUUGGGGGAGCCUGGUCUAUGCUUGUGGAGCACGUGUCUGCAUCUUCAGGUUUCCUGGGUCCAGGCUGCUUCAGUGCACAUGGACCGUUGGCUGCUUUUCCACCGGGUCCAGGCUGCUUCAGUGCACAUGGACCGCUGGCUGCUCUUCCAGGCCAUCUUGACAGGAACAGUUCAAAGAGGCUCCAACACUGCUCGGGCGAUCCUGAUCCCAUAGUGGGAUCUGGGGAACAGGGGGAUGAUUCAAAAGCCCAGGACCAAGGAGGACAUCACAAAAACAAGAGGAACACAUAUGUUUGUUCUUAAUGUUCCAAUAGAAGACCUGUUCUCUAGCUCUGAUUUUAUCAGGCUUUCUAAAAGGUCUCAUGGUAAACACACACACAGUACUGAACACAACGCCUCUUCCUAGUGUAAUAAUACUGAAGUGUUCAACUUUUCAUUAUCUUAUUAAAACAAACCCGAUGCUUUUUUUUUUAAAGAACUUGUUACUCUGACUUCUGUAUAUGUUGCACUGAAAAGGUUAAUAUUUAAUGUUUUAAUUUAUUUUGUGUGGUAAGUUAAUUUUGAUUUCUGUAAUGCAUUAAUGUGAUUCACAGUUCUUUUCUUUAGUAUCUGAAUUAUACUUAUUUAAAGGGUAGUGAGCAAUAUAAAAUGCAGUUGUGUUUUUCAGUAAUGUAUAUUGUCGUUCUGUACCUUGUUUGGAAGGAUGAAGGAAUGAACUCUUUUUUUUUUUUUUUUUUGCUAAAUCAAGACUGAAGCUUUUCUUUCAUGAGGUUGGGAGAUGGCUGAAGUACAUUAAGAUUUUUCUCUGCAAAUGUGAAUGGUGUGGAAAAAAAAUAGAUGCUCUUUUGCAAAAUGUGGGAAUCCUAAAAUUAACUUUAGUGGAUCCCUAUAUGUUUGUAAAAACCAAAUUCUCUGAAGUUCUUCUCAAUAGAUAUUUCAUUUACUGUAUGUCCAACAAUAUGCUAACUAGUGUGGAAGAUGAAACAGACAAUCCUUGCCCCAAGGAAUCAGAAUCUACCUGAAAUCAAUUGACGUGCAGAAAAUAAUUCCAGACUCAUUCCAAACAAAACACAAAUAAAGCCUGAAAUUGUAAUGUAGAG